AUGGCACGCAUUUUUGGACCUCCAGGUACCCUAAACGAUAUUAACGUACUUGAACGUUCACCUGUUUUUGAUGACAUAUUACAAGGUCGAGCUCCUAAAGUUCAAUACUGGGUUAACGGACACAAGUAUAAGAUGGGAUACUACCUCACCGACGGAAUUUAUCCCAAAUGGGCCGCUUUUAUACCAACUAUUGCACUGCCUCAAGAUGAUAGAGCAUCAUUAUUUGCCACUACCCAAGAAUCUGCCCGAAAAGAUGUCGAGCGUGCUUUUGGAGUUCUACAAGCUCGUUUUGCAAUUGUAAGAAAUCCAGCUCUUUUCUGGGAUAAGGAAAAUUUUGGCAAUAUUAUGCGUGCAUCUAUCAUAUUGCAUAAUAUGAUAGUAGAAAAUGAACGGGAUGACUACACUCAGUAUAACAUAGAAGAAUUCCAACAAGGGAAGUCAAGCAGAACUUCACAAGUGGACAAUGAGUACUCUACAGAGACAUCGUCAAACAUCAGAAACCUUAUCAGGAUACGAAAUCAAAUCCGUGAUCCACAAAUACAUGAACGCUUGAAGAAAGAUCUAGUUGAAAAUAUAUGGAACAAAUUUGACAAUUAUCAAGAGUAG